GGUGGGGGUGCGGUGGUCCUGGCAAGGACAGGCUACUCCGUUAUUCAGCCAGUCACUCGGGGUGAGCAAGUCCCCUGCUCAGCGCUCCUUAACUAAGCGCAUACGGUAAAGGAGUCCCUGUGGAUCGUUUUUCAACUUUCUAGCUUUCUGUUGCUGCCUCCGUAAAUUAUUGUUUUGGAUUCGUUCGAAACGUAAUCUACAAAGUUAAGGCUAUUGCAUUAUCUCAAUGUAGGUGGACUAAAUGUAGGGGUAUUUGUGUUUAACCGCUUAUUGGGUUUUGUGUCGCUUUACCAAUCCUUGCGCUUGGUGAAUGUGUUUGCAGAACAGCUUGACAAAAAGGCUCGCAGAGCGAAGAGGACAGAGCCUAGAGGAACAGAUUGCGCCUUCGCACUGACCAGAGAGUGAGAGUGCAGGAUUCGUAAAAUUGUGUCGCAGGAAUAGUAGACUAUGAAAAGGCUUGCAAUGAGGAAAGUGUGGUUGAAAGCUAUUAUCACCGGGUGCAUAGCCAUGCUCUCCCUCACACCUACUUGGUGAUAAGGAACAUCUGUGUCCACUGUAAGUGCCACCGUGAGGAGCAUGUGGUGACGGCCAUGCCUCUGGAGAUGGAGAAGACCAUCACUAAGCUGAUGUACGACUUCCAGAGGAACUCCACCUCAGACGACGACUCAGGCUGCGCGCUGGAGGAGUAUGCUUGGGUGCCCCCGGGGCUCAAACCUGAACAGGUUCAUCAGUACUACAGUUCCCUGCCUGAGGACAAGGUGCCCUAUGUAAACAGCCCAGGAGAGAAGCACCGCAUCAAACAGCUCCUCCAUCAGCUGCCCCCCCACGACAAUGAGGUACGUUACUGUAACACUCUGGACGAUGAAGAGAAGCGGGAGCUCAAACUCUUCAGUAACCAACGGAAACGAGAUAAUCUGGGCCGCGGCAGUGUGAGACCGUUUCCUGUGACGAUGACCGGAGUGAUUUGUGAGCAGUGUGGGGGGCAGAUAAACGGAGGUGACAUUGCAGUGUUUGCGUCGCGGGCGGGCCACGGCGUGUGUUGGCACCCUGGCUGCUUCGUGUGCAGCAUGUGUGACGAGCUGCUGGUGGACCUCAUCUACUUCUACCAGGAAGGGAAGAUCUACUGUGGUCGGCACCAUGCAGAGAGACUCAAACCACGCUGCUCCGCAUGUGACGAGAUCAUCUUUGCGGACGAGUGCACGGAGGCGGAGGGCAGGCACUGGCACAUGAAGCACUUCUGCUGUUUCGAGUGUGAGACGAUGCUGGGUGGCCAGCGGUACAUCAUGAAGGAGGGCCGGCCCUACUGCUGCAGCUGUUUUCAGUCCCUCUAUGCAGAGUACUGUGACUCCUGUGGGGAGCACAUUGGCAUUGACCAGGGCCAGAUGACGUAUGACGGGCAGCACUGGCACGCCACAGAGGGCUGUUUCUGCUGUGCCCGCUGUAAGAGCUCCCUCCUAGGUCGCCCCUUCCUGCCCAAACAGGGACAAAUCUUCUGCUCACGCUCCUGCAGCCUUGGAGGUGAGCCUAACGGGUCAGACUCCUCAGACUCUGCCUUCCAGAGCACACACUCCACUCGAGAGCCCCACCGCAGCUCCAAGGCUGGGAAGAACAGGGGUCAGGCGGGGCGGAUUUCGGGCGAGGUGGACCCUCUCUCCUUACAGAUGGACCUGCUGAGUCUGUCCAGCCAGACGCCCAGUCUGACCCGUGAGCCGCCCGCAUGGAAGAGCCAGGGACAGGGAGGCGACACAUACCCUUACGAGGGCCGAUCAGACCACACAGCAACACCCACUCCACUCCAGCUGCUCAGCCAAUGCAAUGUCAGGACUGCUUAUAACUCCACCUCCCCCGGGCAGGGCAGCCAACCAGACCCCAGGUCCAAAGAGACGGGUGUCCCCAAGAAGCCGCUCAUCUCAGCCGUGAAGGGCCACUCUAUGAAUGAGAACUGGUUCCACAAGGACUCAGUCAACUACUACUCCCCCAAACAGAAACCCCAGCAAAGCAUUGAUGUACCCCACAGCUCCUCACCCCACAAUGGCUUCUCUGACAAGCGCUCAGUCAGUCUGCAUGUGUUCCAGAGGGAGAACCAGAGGGACAGGGAGGUGGGGCCUCCCCAGAUGGGGCGCAGCAGGAACCCCAUCAGUGCACUUAGCUUCACGGAGCAGCUCACUCCCCUAGAGCAGACACCCAGGGGUUCUAUGGAGUCACUCACCCUGUCCAACGCUACAGGAACGUCAGCAGAUGGAGGGAAGCGCCAGGAGCACCUGUCUCGUUUCUCUAUGCCCGACCUGAGCAAAGACUCUGGCAUGAACGUGUCAGAGAAGAGCAACAUUGGCAACCUCAACUCCUCGGUCCAGUUCCACAGUUCUGAGUCUCUGCGCAGCCUGACCUCAGGCCAGCCCUACAUGGAGCUGGAGCCCCCGGUGCAGGUGCAGUAUCCUCUGCAGUACUGUGAGCCCCCAGGCCUGGGCAUGGGGAUGGGCCGCUUGCCCCCCGGCUUCACCUACCAGGAGGAGGACAGGGUCAGCCUGGUGAGCAGCGCUAAUGCUGCACGCCUCCCGCCCAUCAGCGAGCGCACCCGGAGACAAGGAGAGGGCCCGGACAUGGCUGCCCCUGAAGACACCCCUCAGCGCCGUAAACACCACCACCACCGGUCCCGUCGCUCCAGACGCUCCCGCUCGGAGAAUGCCCUGCACCUGGCCGCUGAGCGCAGGGAGAGGCCCCAGCUGAGAGUCAGAGAGGAUUAUGACCAAUUCCCACCUCCCCGGAGCACCAGGGACCUGUUUGGGGGUGCAAGGGGGAGGUGCAGGGGGCCGGAGCCGUUCCGGCAGUGCCCUCGCACCACCUCUGACCUCACCCUGCAGAACCCAGGUGCCCACCGCCGUCUUGCCGGGCCCUACUCAUGGGACGACUAUGAGGAUGAGUGGUGCUCCACCUGCUCUUCAUCAUCUGAGUCAGAUGACGAGGGCUACUUCCUGGGAGAGCCCAUUCCUAGGCCCGUGCAGCUCAGGUACCUAAGCAGCCAGGAGCUCCUCCACAAGUACAGCUCCACGGGGGUGGGCGGACCGCACCAAAUGAGCGGCAGAGGAGGACAGCUGCACACCCGGAAACGCCGGAAAAGCAAGAAUUGCAUAAUCUCUUAACAUUCGGCACAUGGCAAGAGUCAAGACAAUGUGCCCUCCCUCCCUAGUAUACACUAACAUAGUUCAUCUGUUCAGAAAAUAAGUCUGAAGUUGGGUAUUGUGAGAUUGACAAUGUUUGAUAUGCAGUUGGGUAAACCGUUGACAGAAUGUUUUGCAUGUUUAUCCAUUUAAUGUUUCAGAAUAAGAUAUCCUGAGUACUGAUUAUAUUUCUCUGACUCUCACUCUGCGUUAUGCUUGUCUGUCACCAUGUUUAUCAAAGACAAUGUGCAAUCGUAAUAAUAAUGUCAUUUCCAUUCAGAAACAGUAAGGUACAGACAGUUUAGUAAGGUCCAGCUAUUUCAUGCAAUGUGAUUUAGGUGUAUACCAUUAUACUCAAGUUUAUAGGCUGUAUAUAACUAAAUUAAUUAAUUCACUAAAUUAAGGAAGUAAUGUAAAUACGAUGUAAAUGAUGUCCCACAUAUUUUUAUAUUUUGUAUAGAAUCAUUUAUGUAUUGAAUAUCUAUAAUGUAGAAAUAGAAACCGCAUGCCUGUUAAUGUACUGAUCUUGUCCUGUAUUGGAAUAAAAUAGCAUUUCAGAGAGAGAUUGACAGGUGUCCGUACCCUCACUGGAGACUGGUGGGUUCAUGUGAAGCUAUGUCUACCACUGAACAGUCACGCUCACCAUCUGCUCAGUGCUAAAAUGAAUGAGAACAUGGCAAAAGCACACCUCUCUGUAAAUGUCAUUACCCCCAUGAGGUCAUGAGUCAAGUGUUACAAAUAUUGUGAUUAAUGGGCCUUUACGGCACUGUUUGCAAACAGAUGUCUGUGAGCUCUAGCUGAGCUUAUCAUAAACCCAGAUAAAUUAUGUGCUGCUGAUACAUCUCCAUGAAUUAAUGCAUUAAAAGCUAUGCUAAUGGGA